UCUUACCUAUCCCCCGUUUUGCUGGAUGUCAGUGCCAAAGAAGACAAAUUAGGGUAAACUUACGAGAACAGGUCAAACCACUGUUGCUUGGUGACAGACUCCUGCCGUAGAAGUUUCAGUACUAUGGGACGCAUCAGGUCCCAUUUAUCCUCAAACUGAAGGGAGCCUUUGUUCUGGAAACACACAUGAGGAAAGUGAGCUGUAUGAUUCAAACUGUUCUUGAUCUUUACAGAAGGUUUAGGUCUCAAAGAAAUGGAAGGGCAUGCAGAGGAGAGACUGUGUAGGAAAUGGAGGGUUGCCUGUGGUGUGUACAGUUACAACUUGAGAGAUGUCUUCACAUGGCGUCUGCUGAAGACCAUAGUCAUGGGCCAGGUCUUGUCCCUGCUGAUCUGUGGGACAGCAGUGAGCUGUCAGUACCUGGCCAAUGCUGGGGUUGAGACUCCCAUGCUGCAGAGUUUCCUCAACUACACCCUGCUGCUGCUCAUCUAUACGACCAUCCUCGUCACACGCAAAGAUGAAAGAGGCAUCAUACAAAUUUUAAAAAGCAGGUGGUGGACGUAUUUGGUGAUGGGUCUGGCAGAUGUGGAGGCAAACUAUGCAGUUGUGAAGGCGUACCAGUUCACCACCCUGACAAGUAUCCAGCUGCUGGACUGCUUCGUGAUCCCAGUGCUGAUGCUGCUUUCCUGGUUCAUCCUGAAGACUCGCUACAGGCUGGUCCACUUUAUAGCCGUGAUGGUGUGUUUGUUGGGGGUGGGAGCCAUGGUAGGGGCCGACAUUCUGGCCGGAAGAGACCAGGGGUCCACCAGUGACGUUGUGCUGGGCGAUGGUUUGGUCCUACUCAGUGCCGCCCUCUAUGCCGUAUCCAACAUGUGCCAAGAGUACACCGUGAAGAACCUGACCAGGGUUGAAUUCCUGGGCAUGAUGGGCCUGUUUGGGACUGUCAUCAGUGGCAUACAGCUAGUUGUACUGGAAACUAAUGCAGUAGCGGCAAUAAAAUGGGAUCUUCGUAUUGGGAUGCUGUUUGCAGUCUACGCCCUGUGCAUGUUCGCACUGUACAGCUUCAUGCCUGUGGUGGUGAAGAUGACCAGCGCCACUGCGGUCAACCUCUCUCUGCUCACCGCCGACCUCUUCAGCCUCUUCUGUGGCCUCUUCCUCUUCCAGUACACGUUUUCAGCCCUGUACAUCAUCUCGUUUGUCGUCAUCACCGUGGGUUUUAUCAUGUUCAACGCUGUUCCCACAUACACUGCUUUACCUGAGGACGACCCCGCUGAGGUGUUUUCUGAUCGCCCAGCUGAGAGCUCCUCAGACCACCUGCUGGCAGCAGACAGAGACACUCCCAGAACUGAGACACUGACCGCUGUUGCAGCACUAUGACCGAAACUGACUGAAGACAGGAGAAGGCAUUUCUGUUAUAAGAUAAGGGCAGAUAGACCACAACGCUCAGAGGUGUGUCUGGCUGAAGAGAUUAUUUGUUGAUUAUUUGUUCCUCUACACAGUAGGUCUGUGGACAGAGGUGUGUUUUAAUGUUUACAUUAUUACAGAAGUACACAUUUUCUUGUACUUGGGCCAGAAAUGUAUUUUUCAGUUUUCAACAUCAAGGAAAAUGCUCUUGUAUUGCAGCCUGGUUGCCGGUGGCCUUUAAUGGUUUAAUGGUUUUUAAAUAUAAUUCUUUAUAAACAGUUAUGAAAAAUCACCUGUUACUACACUUGCAUUGGACGUGUUAAACACAAACAGUGCACCAGUAUGACUGGUAUUUAUUGCCCCAAAACUGAAGCUACUUGUCAGUCCUUUCUCCUUUUUUUAUAUUAAUAUAUUUAAUAUUUUACAAAAUUCAUCUUUGGUGCAGUUACAAUCCACUGUUUUAGGUCAUUGUUUUUGAAUUUGUUUUUUGAACAAAGACCAGUUACAAAGUUUUAUUAUACUUAUGUUGCCUCUGCUACUGUUACGGUUUCUACAUUUAUAUAAUUUAGAAAUCUACCAAAUAUACUGUAAGUCACAUGGCUUUUAUUGCCUUGUAUUGCCAAAAGCAAAGCAUGUUAGCAUGCAGCAGGUGUUUUUACAGUUUUAUUAAUAAAUACAUUUUUAUAUUC